UUAAACGCGUCGAUUAUCUCUCCUCGGAUCACCUUGGACGAAACAUGAGUUUCACUGAAUGGAAGGUCUGAUGAUGGAUGGACGUAGUCAGGUCACCGCGUGCGUGCUGCUGACGCUCGUCUCCAUGGUGAUCGCUGAUUCACCUGCUGCAGUCCGGCCUAUGGAGGCUCCAAACAUGCCAAAUGAGUUUUCAGUGGAAGUGCUACGUAAUGCAUCCUCCGCCUCAUCUGGAUUUUCUCUUUCACCUACUUUGGAUCCAUCAAAAGCCACAGAGAGUUACAAUCACAAUGUUAACACUGGACCAGUAUUCACUUACUCCCUGAACUCUGUCACACUCCCAGAGAUGCUUGCCUCACCUCCCUUAAAAGUCCUAAAUUCUGGAGAGGGAGUUGGAUUUACCCGCAGAGGUUCCUCCAGACAGCCUCGACAACUAAAUUCUCCAGUGCCUACCUCCCAUAAUGUGUCCUUAUCUUGGUCUGCUAUCAGCCCAGCUCCCCAAAUAUCACAGGCUACAGGUUCAUCUGUGCCGUCUAGCUUGCCUUCAGUUGGAAAAGAUUCUCCUUAUGAGCCUCCUGUUAUUUCCCCUCAAACGCAGUAUGGGACGGUGGGAGUCAGUGACUCUAGGUUUCCUUUUGGAGACCGAUUGGAACCAUCCAGUAGAAUCCAAGACCUCCAGUUACAACCCAGCAAUGACCCAAACACCCAGAUAGGCUAUCAGCCGUUGGAACCAAGUAAUGUUGUACACCAUCAAAUGACUUCAGUGUCUGUUGAACCAACUAUGGGCCCACCCGAAGACUUUUUCCCAACUAACACCAUGGAUGUGGAAUAUGGUUCUGGAGAUUACCUAGAAACAAUGUCCUUCAUGGGAUCUGAAGGCAAUGACUAUUCACUGGUUAGCAAUCUACCCUCUGAUAUGUAUGACAUUGAGGACUCAAAUUCCGAGACCUAUGACACCACGUUCCCCACAAGAAUGGUGAUGUCAUUUUCCAGCAAACAUUUGUAUCCUUCAUCUAUCAGAGUUACUAGUUCUUUCUCCAGCAAACUUGAAAGUUCCAGUUUUAAUAACAAUUCAACCUCGAAUGGAGCCACCACUGACUUAACCAAACACACAACAACCUUUCAGAAUUUUACAACUGUUGUGCCCCUUACCAUGUCAAGAACUCCAGUUUUCACUAGUAUUUUGACAUCAGACCUUGGCCACACCAUUUCUCCAUCUCUAUCAACCAUCCAGCCAACCAGAAUCCAUUCUUUACCCAUUCUCCCGACAACUUCAGAUGUCUUAAACCAGAACCAGUCUGUCAACGAGAGCUCAGAGUUGGCAUCUGACUGGGCAGGCACUGUUACAGUCCAACCCACUGAUGUUCUUUUACCAGAUAUGAACAGUUUAGAGUACUACACCAUCCAGUUGACCAAGGACAAUGGUAGCUUGCCAGAGCCCACUGCCAAUCAGACGGCCUAUAGUGUUUUCUCUUUCCUUCUGGUUGGCACCACACAUAUUGUGAGCACCAGAACCUACACCACUGACCCAAGUUACAUGCCAACAACAUUGUUUGAUGAAGAUCUACAGCCUACAGGUAACAGUUUCUGGACUGAGGAAUCCUCAACGGAUAUCUCUGGAUUUGAGCCUUUUAACAACACUAUCUUGGAUUCCUCUGAACUUAGACCGAGUUUAACAGAUACUACAGUGCCAUAUUUAGAGCCGUCAUUUACGCAGACACCCUCAAUAGACCCUUUAACUUCGAUGGCAGAUAUAAACUCAACUACUGAUUGGGCUACCACACCUUUUUCAGCAUACAACACUUCAUUACUGGUGACUACCCCACCUCCAGUGACCAGGGAACCAGAUGGCAUGUCUACUGUUAAUGACAGCCAAUGGAUUAUCACAUCACUCUCAACAGAGAACCUCUUUCCUAGUAGUGUACUUCCCACUGUUUUAGUAACCACCUCUAUCAGUGUUUCUGAAUACCCAACUGACUCAACCUUCAACAUCACCUCCACCCCUCCUGCAACAGAGAUGGCAGAUGAAGGAUUUGUGUCUGGAACAACAUCUGACACCAUGGUUACUGAUAACGAUAACACCACACCGAUCGGUAGCCUUACAACCAAAUCCUCCCCAGGAUUAAACGAUACAUCAGUUACAACCCUAUCCACAACCCCUCCAACAACCACUGUCCGGAAGUAUCUCUGCAACAUCACUAAACCUGACACCUACUUGAUCAGAGUUGGGUUUCCUCCAGGGUCCACUGCUGGAUAUGCCAAAGCCAAAGUCAGAGAGAUUCUCAAAGCAGAGUAUAACCGCUCUGUGGAGCUACAGGUAGUGAAAGCUCCUCCAGACUUUGUGUUUCGUGCUGUGUCUGGUGCAGUGGUUUAUACUGCCAUAUCAGUCAUUAAUGCCCUGAGAAUCUCUGCUCGGACCACCAGCUCCUUUAUCAGCAUAUCGCCCAUCAGUCCUGUACCAGGCCCACAGUACCAUGUACAUACAGUUCUUCAGUUUGUACCCAGCCAUGUAGAUGUGCGAAUGUGUACCUUCAGUGAGCAGGCAGAGAAGGGUCUGAUCACAGCCUUAGCUGAAGUCCGCCGACGCUCACAGGAGUCCACAAACUUCACUGUGAAUAUUUUAAACGUCACCAUGAGUUCUGUGGACUCGGCGGCACAACAGCAGAAGAUUCCAGUGGAGAUCACCUUUGCUGUGCGCGAUAUCCGUGGGUAUGUGCCAGGGACAGAGGUGAGCACCCAGCUUCGACAACUCGGUGUGGUUGAAUACAGCUACUACCUUGGCUACCCUGUAUGGCAGAUUGCAGAACCGUUCCACUACCCAGAGCUGAACACAACCCAACUGCUUCGUUCCUCAUGGGUUAGAACAGUGCUGUUGGGAGUGUUGGACCAGCCCGUGAGUGACAAGAUCUUCAAGGCUACAAUUGAGAGGAGACUGGCUCAGUUGCUGAGUGAUGCAUUGGGUGCUGGGCGCCGUUUUAGGAGAGCAACUAGAGUGGGAAACAACAGCGUGCAGAUUGUACAGACCACUCGUCUUGUGGGUCCUGACAACCCUCUGGAGGUUAUCUACUUUGUGGAAGGAGCUAACGGACAGAGACUUCCCGCGGCAACCACAGCCAACAUGCUCAACAGUCUUGACAUGCAGCAUGCAGCGAUCAUCAUGGGAUACCGCAUCCAGGGAAUAUUAGCACAGCCUGUGGAAAAACAGGCCUCACCUUACUCAGACACAGAGAAGACCAACACGUGGAUAAUUGUAGGGGUGGUGGUCCCCGUGGUGGUGGUCGUCAUUAUAAUAACUAUCCUGUACUGGAAACUCUGUCGCACUGACAAACUGGAAUUCCAGCCAGACACCAUGAGCACCGUCCAACAAAGACAGAAGCUGCAGACGCCCAGUGUGAAGGGUUUUGACUUUGCCAAGCUGCACAUGGGCCAGCACAGUAAGGAUGAUCUCCUGGUCAUCCAGGAGCCGUUGCCACCUCCUGUGGCUGCCAAGGAACAGAGUCCAGCUGAGAACGCAGAGGUGCCCACACCAAAGUCCAAAACCUCCUCCAAAGCUUCCCGCAACGGCCAGCACCGCAGGGGCCAGAUUUCUCCAUCAGAGGGUGACUCCAUAGGCAGUGAUCCACCCAGCUACAGAGGAUCACCACAGGAGGGCAUUAGACCCGCCGGUCUGCCCAUCGAUCCAAAGCAACCACAUAAACCAGCCAUCAAUGGAUUAAACGGGAAGAAUAGAAUUGGUCCACCCCCAAUGAACGGCAUGGAUGAGCCCUUAUCUUCAGCCUCCAUUUUUGAGCAUGUGGACCGAAUGUCCCGCCCAACUGACGGCCCGAAACGCCCUCCUAAUAAACUCCAGCUCAUCGCAAUGCAGCCGAUGCCGCCCCUGCCCUUAGCCAGCCCUACAGCCAAUGACAGAGCAGCAGAGAACGCCAAGCUCAACAAAGAGAUCCAAGUGGCUUUAAGGCACAAGUCUGAGAUCGAGCACCAUCGCAAUAAGAUCCGCCUGAGGGCCAAAAGGAAAGGCCAUUACGACUUCCCCGCUAUGGAUGAUCUCAUCGAUGGUCUUGGCGACCCCAAAGAGCAGGACCGAAUCUACCAGAAGGCCCAGAUGCAGAUUGAUAAGAUACUUGAUCCAGAUAUUCACAUGCCCUCACUGUACACCGAGCCCAAGAAAAGCAACAGAGGGAAGCGUUCUCCUAAACAGAGAAGGAAACAACAGAUAAACGGUGAACUGACAGAUGCUGACCGAGAUAGACUCAUAACGACGGAAAGCGAUGGGACAUAUAGGAAAUACCCAGGAGUCAAUAACAUUGCAUAUGUGUCGGACCCAGACCAGGGUCCCGAGUAUCAUAGCCCGUCCCCGUCGGAUGAUGUGUUCCACGGUCCGAUUUCUCCUCCUGGCCACCCUCCUCCACCACCCCCCUACCUGCCUCCUCAGCCAUCUAUAGAGGAGGCCCGGCAGCAAAUGCACUCUCUACUGGACGAUGCAUUUGCCCUCGUAUCACCUACGUCUCAGGGCAGCACAGCUGGCAUCACUCUGCCUGGGGUUGGGCUUAACCCUGGACCCCCACCUGCCUCGAGCCCACCAUCCCGUGGCCCGCGGCCUUGGGGCCCAGGAUACCUGCCCUUGAAUCCCUACACAGGGAGAUAUGCUGAAUUAGGUCUGCCACCUUCCAGUGUGCAAGGUUUACCACAUAGACAGGGUUUAGGGUCCGGCUACAUCCCGUCAGGAGAGGCCCUUCCUGUUGAACAGCUACGGCCGGAGUCACUUUAUGUUGGUCGAGGGGGAAACACAGAUGAGUUGCCCUCUUCCACCAGGCCACGACCUGUAGGUGGAACUACAGGUGCCCAGCUACAUCAUUUAACCCACGCUGGUCUGACGGGUCGUGUAGGUGGAGGGUUAAACUGGAGCCCGUAUCAUGAGGAUGACAACAAGCUUGCUAACAACAGGGAGCCUGUUCUUGGCUCUCUUGACUACACUUCCAUCUCUGUAUUCCAGACCUCCAGGAAUGGUCUGAAGGAGCCAUCUGCUGCUCCUGCCCACCUGGACUCUCUCGGCCUUGGCUACGCUCCCUCCGCUCCCCUCGAGGAGCCUUCCCCUCCCAACCACUCUUCCGCCUCGCUCAUCAAAGCCAUCCGAGAGGAACUGAUGCGCCUCUCCCAGAAACAGGCAGCGGUACCCAGCUACCACAGCUGAGACCUGCCCCCUCAAGCACCAUCAGGCAAAAACUGCGCUACACUGCACUGUACUUCCCAUGGAAGUGGCUUUUUUGAGAGGAGGAUAACUGUAUGUCAUGUAGCCUCUGCUGCCUCCCGGUGGCAGAGAGCAUUAGGACAGGAAGAGUAGACGAUUAUCCUUUAUUCCCAUAUUCCUCAAGUUGUUCUUAACAUAAGCGUCAUCCUGAGACUGAUGAACGAUGUUUUUUACCGUCUUUUCAGGCGACUAUACAGAUUGGUAGCAACUGCUCUAUACAGACCGGGAUAACAAAGCUAAAAUAUGGCUGCCACACAUUACCUUGGUCUUCUGUUAGAGGUGUGCGUGUGUUUUUCACAUUGUGUUGUUUCUUUGCUGUGUACACUGCCUUCACAUUUGAAUAAUUUUAUACCUUGCACUGGCUGUUGUAGAUUCUCAUCACUGAAAAUGUAACUGCUUUUAAUACCUUAAAUUAAUCUCUCUGAUCUACAAAAGUUUUUUUCUUUUUUCUUUUCUCAGUGCAUCUGCUUCCCGUUCUCUCAUGGUGCUGACUCUUUUAUAUCUGUUUAAGGCCAUCAAGCACACAUUGCCUUCAUAACACAGUAUUGAACCCUAUACAGUAUUGUCUUAUACUUUAGGGUCCAGUAAUAGUAUUUGAAGUAGAGAUGUUUUCCACCUUCAUAUGCCUUUAUUUGGUUUGGCGUGUACAGGAGAGCUGGACAUGCAGCUGUUUCAGUGCAUUGAA